CGUAUUUCUUAUAGGCUUCCCAUUCUUCAAAGUCUCAUCAUUACUAUUACACCCUCACGACAAGUUCCAAUCUUUUUUCAACUCUUUUCUCCAUCGCUCUGAAAUCCCUCUUCUCUCGAUCCGCUGAGAGGAUCCUCUUUGGCUUUGUCAAUCUUCCCAAAAGGUUCUCAAAUUCCAGGUUGUCCUCGCAAGAGUUUCUGAACUUGAGUUUGUCUUUAUUUAUAGGGAAAUGGAUAACUCAAAAAACAGGCAUAAUGACGGUUUGGGAGUGAACAAAACGGGAAAAAACAUUAGAAAGAGUCCUUUACAUCAGCCCAAUUAUGGCAACAACAACAACGUUAACGGGGCUAGACAGCAACAACAACAACCUCAGCCUCACGUUUACAACAUAAGCAAGAACGAGUUCAGAGAUAUUGUUCAGCAACUUACAGGGUCUCCCUCUCAGGAUCCUCCAUCAAAACCUCCUCAGAGCAAUUCCCCAAAACCUCAAAGCAUGAGGUUGCAGAAGAUUAGGCCUCCUCCUUUACCUUAUGUGAGGCCUCCAUUGCCUGCUUCGUACAGUAACAACAACUUGGCACCGAGACCUGCUCAGUUUAGACAACCAUCACCUAACCCUUUUCCACAACCUAAUGCAGCCGAAUCUCCAAUCUCUGCAUACGUCAGAUACCUUGAACAUUCUUUAACAGAUCCAGGUUCAAAGGGAACCCAAGUUCAACCUCUUCGACCUUCUGCUUUGCUUUCUAAUAAUCCUAUGUUCCCUUCUCCAAGAUUAUUAAAUGCUACUGUUGUUGUGCCUGUCAAUGGUUUGAACCCUCUUCCUCCUCCUCCUCAUCACGGUGUUCCUUCCCCACAAACAAAUGGACCUCCUAUUUUACCUUCUCCAACAUCACAGUUUCCCUUGCCUUCACCAAAUGGCUACAUGAAUUUCCUGUCUCCUCAAUCUGCUUAUCCUCCAUUACUGUCCCCUGGCAUUCAGUUUCCAUCUCCUUUUACUCCCAAUUUUCCUUUCUCGCCCUUUGGGCAGUCAGGGAUUUUUGGCCCCGGGCAGCAGCCUCCCCUUUCUCCUGGGAUAUUUCCUUUGUCUCCUUCAGGGUUUUUCCCCAUCACAAGUCCAAGGUGGUGAGAUCAAUAGAUAGCCUUCUCAUUUCUAGCCUCUUGUUUCAUUGGAGAUGCCGCUCUCUUCUAACUGAACUGAUCUUUAUUCUGAAAAAAAAAAAAAAAAACUUUUUUCAACGGCAUGGGCAAGUUGUAAGAUUGUAAGGUGUAGUUUUUGGCUGCUCAUUGUUCUUCAUUUUCCUUUCACUUGUUUCUUUUUCUUCUUUUGCUGAUGACCAUAAGGGCUGCAAUCCUUUUUCUUUUACAAGUUUUAAACAUUAGACAUUGUAUUGAAGAUCAGGAACACAAUUGGAUUGUUGGACAGGAGCCGUAUGAUGGAAGAAUGGGGUGUAACAUGAAAGGAAGUAGGUUUACAGACAAUAUUUGUUGUGUAGGUUAGGUCAUGUUCUUUUGUAAUAUAAUGGAUUGCAUGUUAAAAUUUCAUAGUAUCUUUUCUGUGGAACAUAUUUUUAAGUACUGAUCGUAUACUUGUUUCCAA